AUGGAGUCUCGUGAUUUUAACUUAGAUAUCAUCUUCGAGAUUUUAUCACGUUCAUCCUUGAAAACUCUAGCUAAAUGCGGGCUUCUUUCCAAGGAAGUUAAUAGUCUCACUUAUCAGUCAGCUUUCAUGAAUCUCCAUUGCCAGAGAACCAAAACCAUAUCUGGGUAUUUUGUGCAAAGCUUGAGCUACAACAAGUUUUCUUCUACCUUUGUUGAUAAUAUUUGUUCAGAUUAUAAAUUAUCCCUUGAUUUCUUACGUGUUCCUGUAAAGAUUGAGGCAUCCACAAGCCAAGGUAUUUUGCUUUGUAGAUGUAAUAGGGGGACAAUUCCUCGCUAUUAUGUUUGCAAGCCUAGUACUAAAGAAUGGCAAAUCAUUCCAAAUCCUAAGACUCGAUAUUUCAAUGAACUUUUUGCCAUGAUUGUGUUGAAAUCAAAUCCUUUGCACUACAGAAUACUGCAAGAAGUAAAAUUGUCGUUUGGUGAGUUCCUUCAUUCAGAGCCAACAGUAUCAGUUUGUGGUUCCGUUCACUGGCUUACCACUAAAGACAAUAUUUUAGCAUUCCAUGAAGACAUAGAGAAUUAUAGCAUGUUUUCACUCCCUUCUCCAAUUUAUGAGAGUGAUUCUUACGGAUACAAAAAGCUCACUGAGUAUGAGGGGAAGCUUGCUCUAAUCUGCAAGGGAAGAGAUAAUAGCUUCAUGGACUUGUGGGUAAUGGAAAGUUAUGGAAAAAAAGAAUGGAAUAAGAGGCAGAGGAUCAACAUUGAAAGUUUAAGAGAAAAAGAGAAAUUCACAAAUCCUUAUGACUUUUACAAUGUUGAUGUUGUAAUGAUGAGAGGAUUCUACAAUGUCAUAUUUUUCAAGUUUAAGAAUGGAAACAGCGCCGAUAUAGUGAGACUGCAUGAGAACUUUAAUUUGAUGGAUACAGAAGUUUUUCCCUUUAAAUCCGAUUUUGAGCCAAGUAAUUUGAAGAAAGGCAAGAAGAAGAAAAUCAAAGAAAACGGCCUUGGAGUCUCUUAA